AUGAGCGAAAAGGCCGGUGGCAAGACGUUCGGAACCCUCAGCAUACGAACCAUCGCGCUCUUUGGGGCCAACGGUCAAGUUGGAAAGGCUGCUUUGGAGGCUCUAAUGCGUUGCAAAGAUCCUCCCAUUCACAUUCUUGCAUUUCGUGUCGAUCUGAACAUCGUGGCUUGCAACAACCUGGCCACUAUUCUUGCUGAUGGCAAAGCUGAUGUUGUGAUCAGCGCUCUUGGUGGCCAAAUUAUCAACGAGCAAGGCCUCGUCCAAGACGCGGCUGCACAAGCAGGGGUCAAGCGAUUUUAUCCCAGUGAAUUUGGGAUGCAUCAAGUAGUCUGGUUGCCAGACGAACCAGCCUAUGUUCAUCCUAUCUGGGAUGUGAAGCUAAGAUGCUUCGAGGAGGCUAUUCGACACCCCGCGAUCAAAAGCGGCUCAAUGAACUAUACGGUGAUCGGAUGCUCCGACUCCUAUGAUGCCGCCAAAGAGCCGCUAUUCUGCCCCUGGCUGGAAAUCGAUACAAAUCUCACUCACAAUGGUUACACAAUCCAUUGCGUCGGAGAUCCAGAAGCUAAGAUGGAUUAUUCGACUUUCAACGACACCGGCAAUUUUCUCGUGGCCACUCUCCGUCGCCCAGAGCUAUCGGAAAACAGAUGCUUAGGGUUCAGGAGUGAUCAGCUCAGCUUCGCGGAGGUUGGAGAUGUUCUGCAGAAGUACUCAGGCAGGCCCGUCAGGCUAGAGGUGAUCCUAGUCGACCAAGUGAAGGAUAUCCUUAAGAACCCCUCGUCUGCGCCCGUCGAGUGGUGCAGAAAAAGUACCUUUCCGACUGACUUCUUUCUUACGAUCAGGUGUGCUCAAGGCCAGGGUGUGUUUUGGAGACCCCCUGGAUUCUUACACCACCAUCUUUUCCCUGAGGUUCAGCCGGUUACAGUAGCCGAGUACUUCAAGAAGUUGUUCGCAAAGUGAGAUUGCUUGCACUGAAACUGCCG